AUGUCUGCUGCUGCCUUGCAAAUCCAAACUCUGGAAGAUGAGGAUUCACAAUGGGGUGGUUCUUCAGAAGGUCGUACCUAUAAGGCCAGGGAUCGAGAGCUGAUGGAUCUUCAACUCAAAGCUCAAUACUUCACGGAUCUGUGCAGGUAUGAACCAAACAUAUUUCGCAGGCGAUAUAGAAUGCAACCUUGGGUCUUUGACAAGAUGAUGAGCGAUGUGGCCAACUACGACCCAUAUUUUGUUCAAACAAGAGAUGCUUGUGGGAGACUCAGCUUAUCCACUGAACAAAAGCUGACAUGCGCCAUGAGAAUGCUCGCGUAUGGCAUCACAGCUGAUUUCUGUGAUGAUUACCUAGAUAUUGCAAAGACCACUGCCAUUGAGAUUUUUGAGCACUUCACAAAAGCAAUCUGGAAUGUGUACCAUGAGACUUACCUCCGCCGACCAACACCAGCAGAUUUGCGACGGCUGCUUGACAAAGCUGCAGAACGGGGAUUCCCGGGGAUGAUCGGUAGCCUUGAUUGUUCCCUGAAUGAUAUUAACGUCCUUGGAUGUUCACCUUUAUUCAAUGACGUAUGCACCGGUGAAACCCCUGAAGUGAACUACCAGGUACAUAAUAGGCAUUAUCGUCAAUGUUAUUACCUAGUUGAUGGCAUAUACCCUAAGUGGGGGUCAUUUGUACAAGCAAUCCGAAAACCGCAGACACAACAUUUCACAAGGAUGCAGGAAGCAUACAGAAAAGACGUGGAGAGAGCAUUUGGUAUUCUCCAAGCUCGUUGGGCAAUCAUAAGAGGACCAGCUCGUGGGUGGAGUAAGGAGAACCUUCAAUACAUCAUGAUGACGUGCAUUAUCUUGCACAAUAUGAUUGUUGAAGAUGAGCAUGAUGAAGAUGCAGCGCAGCCAUUUGAUCCGGAUGAUAUCCCAACCAGACCAAGGAAAGCAGAGAUAUAUAAGAGACCAGUAAUGGACACCGAUGUUGAUCGCAAUCCGCAACAACUAAAUCAAUUCUUGCGUCGUUAUAGGGAGGUUAGAUGUCCAGUGAUGAAUAAAAACCUCCAAGACGAUCUAAUCGAUCACCUAUGGACCAUGAAGUUACAAGCUAAUCAGAACCACCAGUGA